ACCACCACCUCAAGAACGUCGUGGCGCACAGGCAGAGGCAGAGGGACCGGCUGGCCAUGUAGGAGGAGCACCACGACGGCGGCGGCGGCGGUGGUGGAAGAGUUGUUGGGGGGAUCGACGAUGGCGGUGCACGUGGUGCUCCUCGCCGUGCCUGCGGUCGUCGGCGGGUUCCUGCACGCCUUCAAGUUCUCGAUCCUGCUGUGGCCGUUCAACCUCACGCUGCCGCUGCUGCGCCAACUGCCGCGGGUCUGCGCCACGCUCCGGGCGGCCGCGGCGCACUUCGACGCCGAGCUGCGCGCGUUACUGAGUGGCCGCCGGCAGAGCGCGCCGGUGCCGCAGCUGGACCACCAGUACUCUGCCCUCCGCUCCGUGCAGAGACGGACGGCGGGACAGCUCGUUGCGCAGGCCAUGCUGGCCCUCGUCGACGUCUCCUACUGAUUCAUGCCUCAUCGUCAAGGUAGUUGGUUCUUGGUUGCAUUCUUGAGUUAUUCAGGUCUCCGCGCUCUGGUCUUGCGGAGCUCCUCUUUGAUGAGCUAGUGGUUCGCCAUUUUCAGCCGAGCUUGCUUGCGCAUAGGCACAUAGCUGUUCCAAAAAAAAAAAAAACCCUUGUAUUCGUCAGCUGCGGUGUUUGGCUCCGCCGAUCCUGCAUUCUAAUUUUUGACUUUUGUAAUCUUUUGUGAAAUAUGGACUGUAAGGAAUUUAGAUCGAACUGGACA